AUGAGGAGAGAUAAUCGAUCAUGUGCUUAAACGUUUACAUUGUAAUCUGAUAUUCAUGAUAUAUUGAAGAAAAAAUUUUGUGAAUUCAUAGUGAAUGUUAAUACUUCUGCUGAAAAAAAUUAGCCAUAUUUUUCACUUACAUCAGUAUGCCAAAUAUAUAACCCUGAACAUUAAAAUGACUAGUCUCCUUCUAAAUAUCAAUAAAAAAAAAUUUCAUUAGAAAACUAAAAUUCCUAUAUUAAAAAUUAAGGCAAGAUGUCAUCAAAUUUUGAUUAGGAUGAAAAGUAAACUAUAGCAGAUGAUUUUGAUAAAGAUAGUUAUUUGAUAGCUCUUAAAACAGAAAAGUCUAUUGCUGUUAUUUUAUAAUCUAAGAGCUCUGCUAAAUUGUUAUUAACUAUGGAUCUUUCAGAUAAAUUUACUUUAAAAAAGAAUAUAUGCUACCAUUCUUUCGUUUACAAUAGGAUACAAGAUAAUAGUUAGUUAUAAGACAAUAUAAAAAUGCUGCAAUCAAAGUCAGCAAACAGUUCAUAAAGAUAAUCUCUGUAUUAAAAUAAUCAAGAUCAGGAAGAAUAAACUACAAUGUCCACUACUUAAAAUUCUUAAUUUAUACCAGAAAGCCCAGAUAUUUACAUAUGUUUUUAGACGGGCUACAUUUUAGUCAUGAAUAGUCUGACCAGCCACUUUUUAUACAACUUCAAUAAUGCAAGCGAAAAAGGAGAUCAAGUCUGGCAUUAAAAAAAAAUCACAAAAGUAUGCACGAUGCCAGAUCAAAAAAGCUUUUUAGUGUUAUUUUCAGAUUCAGUUAUUAUGCAGUAUAGCUUGAACUCUAAGUCAGAAAAUCAUGCUUUUUAAGAAGAAAUCCUGAAAUAAUUAGAAUCUGUUUCCUUCUAACCUAAGAAGUUUGGUUAGUCAAUACAGCGUAAGAGUUAUGGUACUUACUAAUAUUCCUCAAUUAGCGAGAAAGAUUUUGUUGGAUUUGCUUGCUAUUAUAAUGACGAAGAUGCAUUUUGUGGGCCUCAUAAGUUUUUCAAAUUUAAAUGCCCUUCAAUUAGUGAUUUUGCUAUUCUACCCUAUGAGCACCCUCUCUAUAAAUUAGUAAACGGUAAAUACUCAAAAGACCCUCUUCUAGUAGCAUUUUCUGGUUUAGAUGGGCUCCUCAGAGUUGUUGAUCUCAUUAAUUUUUAAGCUGUUUACUGCUUUAAAAAUAAUUAUGGUGGUAUUCACUCUUUUUCAUUUGAGAAAAAUGACAGCCCUAUAAUCAGCUUAUCCUGCUAAGAUGAUUCUGUUAUAGUUUUAAACACUCGUCUGAACACUUAUAUAAGAAUAACUGGCCAUAUCAGUUUUGUUACUUAUAGUGUAUUUACACAUAUAACAGAUGAUUUAAUUAGAAUUACUGCAGGAAGUUAUGAUGGGUAUAUUUCUAUCACAGAAAUACCCAGGAAAGAUCUCGAUAACCCUGAAUUUUAAGAUGUUAAUACAGAGAGUUAUCUGCCUAUUAAAGUUAAAUACUAAAGUAACAAUGCGAUCCAAAUCAAGGCAAAUCAUUUGUAAAAAGUAAACGAAGAAGGUAUUGCUUUUGUCUUAGGUUUUUCAGAUUACUUCAUUUCAAGCGCAUUCGAUGGAUGUGCUACACUUUUUAGAUAUAGAGAAAAUAUGGAAGAAAUAAAAUAAGAAAGCGAUAGUAAUUAAGAAGGGUCUUAAAGUUAAACUGAUUCUUAAAACUAACCAGAUCAUAGAAGUUCUUAACGUAUGAGCCAAUCAAAUAGUCAGAGCUCCCAAUUAAAAUAUUAAAAUUAAGAUAGUUACCAACAACGUAAAUAAAAAGAUAAUUAUUAAAAUAGUAAUCCUCCUCAAAAGUAUUCAUCUAAAAGGCCAUCUCGGAAUGAUCAAAACUUUGAAGAAGAGUAAUAAUAACCAUAAUAUUAGUAGUAUUAAUAAGAAUAGAGAAAAUAUAGUAAUUAAGAAUUUAGAUAAAAUUGA